AUGGCUCACUGCUGUUCCCAGUGCAGCUUCACGGCACAGUUCGAGAGUGCACUGGCGAUGCACUGUCAGUUGCACCACGAGUCACCAGCUGACAAGGUGCCAGACUGCCUACCAGACUUUCUCGCGAGGAAGUCCAACUCAAUGCCACGAGAUUCCUCACCAGCCUCCACCAUCAGCCGGAAACAAAAUAAAGGAAUCAAAUUGCCGGGACGAACUUCAUCUGCCACGAAGCUGUUCUGCAAACUACGAUCUCGCAUAUGCCGCAGCAAGACACUGUUCUCUCACCCUGAGGAGACUGCUGACCAGACGCUCAAUGACUUGACAGCCCAGAGCGAGUGCACGUCCAAAGCUCUAAAGAUGGAGUCUGUAUCGCGCACCAGUGCGCUUACGCCGUGCCUCCGAGAGCUCCAACGCGAGACGUAUGCGUGCCAUCUGUGCGCGUUUGAUGCUGAUCGAAUAACAGUCCUCGAUCGUCACCUCUUGAACGACCACAAAAUCGGUCUGGAGAACCUUCUGAAACUAGUCCUGGCGAAGACUAAGGACGGCUUAGCAGACGAUUCUCCAGCAGACCUGUUCGGCAUACGACAACCGUACUACAAACCCUCAGAGGACAUUGUGGAGGAUGAUGAAUUUGUUAUAGAGACUGUUACUCCAAAAAUCAAGAUCUUGAAACACACGGCCACUAACACUGACAUACUUUGGCAAGAUUCCUUUGACGAAGUAAACAACGCCAUUUCAGAGCUGGAGAAGAACGACCUUUUGGAGAAGAUGCAGACUCUCAACGAGUGUAUGUGCAAGUUUGUGGACUCCUCGAAUACACUGAAGAAGGUUUUGAGCAAAGAGUUUGAUGGGAAACACGGCGCCAGAAAGGAUACCAUGAGUGAUGAGCCGCAUUUCGAUUUGGGCCUGUCCAACACAGAAACACCUCGGGACUGGGAACGAGCGCACAGCGAGAAACUUGAAAGGAACCGAAGUAAACAAGGCGACAGAUAUAGUGAAAAAUCAAAAUUAUCAUCGGCUGAAAGCUAUUACUUCUGA